AUGUCCACCGGCCUACAACAGCACCACAGUGCACGGGUGGAGCGAAUUCUGAAGGACGCCGAAGAAUGUAACGUCUUCGAGAACGGCGCAGACUCCUUCGACGAAGCCAAGCUACGGAAGGAGGAGAUAUAUUGCAGCCAUAAUAUGUCGGACCUACAGGCAAUUGAAGAGGUGGUUGGUCCAGUUGAAGAGGAGGUUGGUCCAGUAGAGGUGGUGGUUGGUCCAGUAGAGGAGGUGGUUGGUCCAGUAGAAGAGGUGGUUGGUCCAGUAGAAGAGGUGGUUGGUCCAGUACAGGAGGUGGUUGGUCCAGUACAGGAGGUGGUUGGUCCAGUAGAGGUGGUGGUUGGUCCAGUAGAAGAGGUGGUUGGUCCAGUAGAAGAGGUGGUUGGUCCAGUAGAAGAGGUGGUUGGUCCAGUAGAAGAGGUGGUUGGUCCAGUAGAAGAGGUGGUUGGUCCAGUAGAAGAGGUGGUUGGUCCAGUAGACGAGGUGGUUGGUCCAGUAGAAGAGGUGGUUGGUCCAGUAGAAGAGGUGGUUGGUCCAGGAGAAGAGGUGGUUGGUCCAGUAGAAGAGGUGGUUGGUCCAGUAGAAGAGGUGGUUGGUCCAGUAGACGAGGUGGUUGGUCCAGUACAAGAGGUGGUUGGUCCAGUAGAAGACCAACGAAUGAAUGAGGAGGGCAUGCCCAAUCUUUCAGACCGUCGGGAAUCGAACGCAAACUUGCAAGAAGCGAGAUAUUAA